AGAACGCUGAGCGCACGCAUCCCCGAAACCCCUAAUUCUCCAUUGAUCUUUUCCCUUCAGAAAACAGAGCGAGUCCAAUUCGAGACGGCUCUCCCCACAUCACCACAGCGCAGCCGCAACCAUGGCUUCCGCCGAAACCCUAGCCCGCUCCCCCUCACGCGAGCCCUCUUCCGACCUGACCCGCGCCGACUCUUCCGAGCCCCACCACAACAUCGAUGGCUCCGGCGCGGGCGCCGGAGACUCAUCCCGCCGCCGCCGCCGCUCCCGCUGGGAGCAGUCUAACGACGACUCCGCCGCCAACAACUCCGGCGGCGAGGGCGGGACCGGGGGCCGGAAGCGCAAGACGCGGUGGGCCGAGGAGGAGCCGCGCCCGGCGAUCGCGCUCCCGGACUUCAUGAAGGACUUCGCCGCCGAGAUGGACCCCGAGGUGCACGCCCUAAACGCGCGCCUCCUCGAGAUCUCGCGUCUGCUGCAAUCGGGCCUCCCGCUCGACGAUCGCCCCGAGGGGGCGCGCUCGCCCUCCCCUGAGCCUGUCUACGACAACCUCGGCAUCCGCAUCAACACCCGCGAAUACCGCGCUAGGGAGCGCCUCAACCGCGAGAGGCAGGAGAUCAUCUCGCAGCUUAUCCGCCGCAACCCCGCCUUCAAGCCCCCCUCCGACUACCGCCCACCCAAGCUCCAGAAGAAGCUCUACAUCCCCAUGAAGGAGUACCCAGGCUACAACUUUAUCGGCCUCAUCAUUGGCCCUCGUGGCAACACGCAGAAGCGCAUGGAGAAGGAGACUGGUGCCAAGAUUGUCAUCAGGGGGAAGGGUAGUGUCAAGGAAGGGAAGCUGCUCCAGAAGAGGGACCUCAAGCCAGAUCCCAGCGAGAACGAAGACCUCCACGUGCUUGUUGAGGCAGAUACACAGGAGGCACUGGAUGCAGCUGCUGGUAUGGUGGAGAAGCUGCUCACCCCGGUGGAUGAGGUGCUCAAUGAGCACAAGCGGCAGCAGCUCCGGGAGCUUGCCGCGCUUAAUGGAACAAUUAGGGACGAUGAAUUUUGUAGGACAUGUGGUGAGGCUGGUCACAGGCAGUAUGCUUGCCCCAACAAGAUGAACACAUUUAAGAGUGAUGUUCAGUGCAAGAUCUGCGGGGACGGUGGGCACCCAACUAUUGAUUGUCCGGUCAAGGGCACUUCUGGGAAGAAGAUGGAUGAUGAAUACCAGAACUUCCUGGCUGAGCUUGGUGGUGGGAGUGCACCUGAGUCCAUGAACAAAUCUGGUGGUCCGAUGUUGGCUCUUACAGGAAGUGGUGGUAGCGGUGGUGCUUCUACUGGAACUGGGAGUAACCCGCCUUGGUCGGCCGGUGGUGGUGCCGCUUCCACUGGGCUCAAUGGUAUCAAGAAAGAUUAUGACGAGACAAAUCUUUAUAUUGGAUACCUGCCACCUACAAUGGACGAUGCAGGUUUAGUCAGUCUGUUUUCGCAGUUUGGGGAGAUUGUCAUGGCUAAGGUGAUCAAGGAUCGAAACACUGGACAGAGCAAAGGAUAUGGAUUUGUCAAGUAUUCAGAUGUGUCACAGGCCAAUGCAGCGAUUGCUGCAAUGAAUGGUCACCAUCUUGAAGGGCGAGUUAUUGCGGUUAGAGUUGCAGGAAAGCCGCCACAGACAGCACCAGCAGUGUCAGCACCCCCAUCAUAUCCUCCUCCGGAUCCUACUUCAGGUGGCUAUUCCUCCCAGUCCUACAUGGGGGCACCACCACCUCCUCCUCCAGGGAGUUAUGCUCCAGUUCCUUGGGGGCAGCCGCCACCAUAUGCUUCAUAUCCUCCGCCACCACCAGGCUCUGGUGUCUACAGUCCUGCACCCCCUGCACCAGGUCAAGCUGCCCCACCUCCGUAUGGGAUGCAAUAUCCACCACCACCACCACCCCCAGCAGCUCCAAUCCCUCCACCAGGCACUGCUCCAUCAAGUGAUGGAGCUCAGAACUAUCCACCUGGUGUAACACCACCAAGUUCUGGCUCAUCCACUCACCCUGUUGCAACAUCAGUAUAUGCAUCAUCUGGUGCACCAAAUGCACCAUCGAUAUACCCUCCACCACCUUAUAGUUAUUCCUCAUACUACCCUCCACCAUUUCAGCCACCACCUCCACCACCACCACCACCGGCUAGUGUUGAUCCCUCUCAGAGUAUUGCAACUGCACCUUGGCUAACCCACAGUGUGGUGGUGCCACCACCACCCACGAGUGUUGAUCCUUCUCAGAGUAUUUCAACUGCACCUUGGUUAACCCACAGCGCAGUGCCGCCACCACCACCACCUUUGUCCUCCACAACCGACCAGUCUACUGCUUCCUAUGGUGCCGAUGCAGAGUAUGACAAGUUUAUGUCAGAGAUGAAGUGAUACGAGCGAAGCUGGAUGAUUCUUCCAAUGAAGGGCAAAAGGUUCAUAGCUCCAACUCCAUGGUUUCCUGGAGCACUAAUGACCUGCUCCACCAACUCUACCAAAUUUUCUGGAGCUGUAGCAGUCCCUAACACCCCUUUAAUGAGUCUACACUGCAAAAGUUUCUUGGAGUCUAUAUUGUGCCAUAGUUAUUUAUUUUUCUUUCAAUAUCUUAUGGUUUUAUGGAUUUUCAUCCUUUUGCUAGAGGUAUUGUUUUUGUAUUAACUAUUAAAGCAAACACAUGUAUUGUCUCACUGAGGACGCUUAUUUAUGAUAAUAUCUUAUUGUUAAAAUGAGGUCAGGACUAACAUGCUCAUGCUUGUCUUAGAUGGUAAGGAAGUCAGUAGAACUCGAAGACAACAUUUCUUUUGAUAGCAUAUGAUAUUAUCAGAUUAUUUUUAUUGAGAAUGCCUGGAUUUUUUGGGGGAUCUGAUAUAUGAUGCACUUUCUCAGGCACUGCGGUUUAUACAGAAUUGUUUUUUAGACUAUGUGCUUUAUGCUCCCACCCCCUCUCUUUUCCAUACAAAAUGCUUGGUAUACUUAUUAUACCUCACCUUUUCUAUGUUGUCUUGACUUCUUGACAGGCUUGAUCUUUCUUGGAGCUUAUACCAACCUGAUUUAUUUCUUGUUGGAAGUUUCGGACUCACAUCUUAACCUUGCUGUGUGCUGUUGUGACCGUUGCAGAGGUUGCAUGCUUAAGAAGGCAUCAAGUAUUACUGGCUCAGCUGGCAUCAGAAUAUUUGCUCAUCUUCUUGGAACUAUUUUAAGGAAUCUUUUACUAAUGCUUUUGUUGUGAUGUCUAUUCUUGUUAUUAUUUGAGAUUACUCUGUGUUUUCACUUUAAUGCUCUGUUCUUUGUGACAUGUGUUAAUCUCACUUUAUUAUUCAUAUAUAUUAUUCUUCAUCUUGAUUUGGUAGUGCUAGCACUCCUCUCCAUCUGGAGCAGAAAAGCCUGCUGCUCCGUGCUGGUUGGUAUAACUUCAAAAAUUUAAAUGCUUGUUUGGUAUCUUCUGAUAAUCUGUCAUGCAUUUCUUUCUUACGUCUUCACCUAAGUUGUUUGGCAGUUGUCGUGACAGCUUGGCACAGGCAGCCAGAGUUUUUAGCACGUGAUGAAUGAAUAUCAGGUAUAAUGGAGGUGCUGUGAAUUGUUCUGUGAACCCAAUGUUUUCAUUUGGUUUCUGCACAAUUUUCUACUGACAAACAGUAACGAGUUUCCCAUUUGGUAGUUGAUGUGUGUGCAUUAGGGUAACCAAGCAUGCACGCAUGCUGGAAAAAAAUCUUUGAUGAAGAGCUUACAUAUAUAUUUUGCAUUGCUAAUGCUCUUUUAACAUCAUUGGAAUUUUUGUUUGCGGUUCAAGUAGGACAUGCUGGCGUGCAGAUCUAGUCUGGAGUCCUAUGCUCAAGGUGCAUACUGUCACAAUGAUAUUUGUGAGAUGAACUGAAGGUUUGGAGGUUGGCUCAGAUUAGUUUUUGCUAAGUAAAGUAGGAUAUUACCAUAAUCUUGUCCUAGUGAAAUAAUGCGAUAGUCAGUCCACAACCAGCAUUAAGUACCUUUAUCACGUUGCAUAUAUAUCAGUUUGAUGUGACCUCGUAUCUAGCAUUAGCCACCUCAAUUUGCACUACAAAUUUUAUUAAGCCUUCGAUUUCUUGUAUGAAAAAUGCUUGAGCCAACCUGGAUUACUGGUUGCAGCAAUGAGGAAUCCUAAAUCAAGUUUGUCAGCUGAGUGCACACAAUUAUUAUGGAUUAAUAUACUUUAUUC